CUCGCAGUGAAGCGCGGACUGUCGAGCGGCGAGGUUCGGGAGCGCGGAGCUUAGCGAUGGCCAGCACGUGUCUGAUGUCGAGCGGUGGUGCUACGAGCAAAUCGGCGACGAUGAGCGAUCCGGAGUCGUUGAAAUCGGCGCGUUUCAAGAACACCGGUGUUUGUUGGCAGCAGCGUUUGUUCGGUAAACAAUUGUUGCACUGCAAACAGGCGAAUAAGCAGCAGGAUUCGGGCCCGAAGCUUCGAGAGGUUUCGGCCGCGUUGGGGGGCGAUUGCGCCACGACGAUAAACCCCAAGUGCGAAGUGAUCGGUGUUUACUUUAGUUUCAUCAAUCCAGGAGCAACGUGCGACGACUUCACGCGCCAGUUGGCCGAACUCUACGCCAGUGUCAAUAACGCCGCUGGUAACCAGCAAGCCAAAUCCAACGGCGAGAACGCCGCACACGGUGGUGACACUAAUAACCAAGAUAUCGAGGAUGUUAACAAGCGAAAAAAGUUCGAGGUCGUCCACGUUGUUCUGUGGAGCAACGUAACCGAGGUCCUCGACUUUGACGAGAGCUUCCGUAACCACGUGGCUGACUUACCUUGGCUCGCUGUCCCGAACCACGACUACGAAAGAAAGACAAGACUGACGAGAAGGUAUCGAAUAAAAGCCGGUGUACCAACGCUGAUUCUACUCGAGGGUGGUACAGGAUCCGUGGUCACAAGAGGGGGCGUCGAACGAGCCAUGGACGACCCAACCGGGACGAAUUUUCCCUGGAGGCCGCCUCAUCCGAAAGCCACCCUCGAGGACGGCCCCCUGCUACCGUGCGGUGCUCGCGACAGCAACGAACCGAUGCUCCACGAGGAACUCCGAAAUUGCGUCAAAGGCGUUUAUUUCAGUGCACAUUGGUGUCCACCGUGCAAAGCGUUCACGCCCCAGCUGGUCGACACUUAUCAGCGUAUACGGGAGCGAGGCCACAAUUUCGAGGUGAUAUUCGUCAGCUCGGACAGGAGUGAAGAAUCGUACAACGCGUAUAUAGAAAGUAUGCCGUGGCUGAGGAUACCCUUCGCUCAAGAAGAGAGACGACAAAAAUUGGCAAGAGCUCUCGACGUUCAAGCUAUACCUACUCUUGUUAUUCUCGACCCGAGGGACAACAUAAUCACCCUCGAGGGACGAACGGAACUUCUGGAAGAUCCCGAAGGCCUGAACUAUCCAUGGACAACGAGACUGGUGAACAUUUUAACCGAAAAAUAUGCGACCUCGCUGCACGACGCGCCAGGAAUAAUUCUAUUCGUCGAGGGCGACGAUAGCGAGGUCCAUUUCGGAGAAAGCGUUUUGUUGCCGGCCGCUGAGUCUUACAGACGAGAGAGACCCGAUUACGAUCCCAAUUACGACGAUCCUGAUGGAACUCUUCAGUUUUACAUCGCCCUAGACUGCGAAACGUCGGACAUACUCCGAGAAUUCGUGGGUCUCGACGACGCAGUGCCACUAUUAACAGCGAUCGACAUACCUCGAGGAAUAUACGCGGUGAUGGAGGACGGUGCUGAGAUAACGGUGGAAUCGGUGCAGCAAUUCGUGGAUGGUUUUCGAAACGACAAAUUGGUGACGAACAAAAUAUCGUCGGUCCACAGAAACUCCAAAACCGAGGCAGCGUCCUCUUCCUAAACGAUCCGUGGCGAAGUUCAUAGAAUAUGUAAAAAAAGAAAGAAACGAGGCAAGAAAAUCUGAUGAUUAUAAAAUGCGUUUUUCGAUGAUAUUUAGGAGAUAAGCCCAAAGACAUGUAAAAUAGAUGAUUAAAGAGAAAAUGAAGGUAAAGAAGGGGGAAACGACUCAAGACAUUCAGCGAUUGAUGCCUCGUGUCACGAGUGUGUACGAACACCGAAUGAAAGACAACAAAAUAAAGACUAAAAGUAGAAUGAAAACGUCAUAAAACUA